CUUCUUCUUCUUUUGUCUCCACACUGAACUUGCGUGGCGCGCAGACAGCAUCUGGAGAGACUGCAGGGCUUACGUGGACCAUCCAAGCUGGAGGGAUGAAGCGGAUAACUUUUCUGCUGUUACUGGGAGCCAUCUUCUCCUCUGGCCAUGCUCAGUCUAACACAGAGGAGACAGGUGGGGAGGAGGAACACGUGGAGCUGUUCACAACACCCACAACAAAAAUGGCCGCAGCCACCUCUGACUUUGGCUACAACCUGUUCCGUACUCUGGCGGCUCAAGACGCCACUGCCAAUGUGUUCCUGGCCCCCAUCAGCAUCUCUGCAGUGUUGACACAGCUAUCCUUGGGAGCGUCGGAGGGUGCCCAGAGACAGCUAUUUCGUGCUCUGAGGUACCACACCCUGCAGAACCCCCAGCUCCACAACACACUGAAGGAUCUGUUGACUUCUCUUCGUGCCCCCGGGAAGGGUCUCAGCUUUGCUGCACGCAUCUGCUUGGCACGCAAGCUGCGCCUGAAACAGGGGUUUCUUGGCAUGGUGGAGCAUCAGUAUGGAGUCCGGCCUAAGGUCCAGAUGGGAGGGCCCAAGGAUUUGAAGGACAUCAAUGAUUGGGUCAAACAGCAAACGGGCGGCAAAGUUGACCGCUUCUUGUCAAAGCCCCUCCCCCGGAUCUCUGGCGUGAAUGUUCUGGGUGCUGCAUACUUCAAAGGAAAGUGGGUGACACGGUUUGGUCAGAGUGGAGCAAUGCAGAACUUCCAGUUGGAUGGUAAACCGCCUGUUCGUAUUCCCAUGAUGCAACAAGACAACUACCCAAUAAAAAUGGGAAUUGACUCAGAUCUGGGCUGCACUAUUGCUCAAAUCCAGAUGCAGGAUGAUGUCAGCAUGUUUGUGUUCCUCCCUGAUGAUGCCACUCAGAACAUGACCUUGCUGGAAGAGAGCCUUACAUCUGAGUUUGUUCAGGACCUCUCCAUGACCCUUCACCCUACCCAGGUGUCCCUCACACUGCCCGUCCUAAAGUUCAGCUACUCCAAAGACUUGCUGCCAAUGCUCCCUGACCUAGGUCUUUCUGAUUGGCUCACGAACCCAGACCUGGUGGAGAUUACACUUCAACCUACCAAGCUAGGCAGUGUCAAUCACAAGGUUGUUAUGGAGAUGGCCCCCGAAGGAAACCAGUAUGCUAGCACUGCCUCAUCCUCUGGCAAUCUGUCGUAUCGGGUGGAUCGCCCUUUCCUGUACUUGGUCAGGGACGAGACCUCAGGAGCACUGCUCUUCAUCGGCAGGGUGGUAAAUCCCAAGGACCUUAGGAUAUAGAAACACACACUCUUAGCAGGUGCUAGGAGGGAAUUCAGAUGGUUGCUAAGCUUGUCUGAUAAUUGCCCGUGUGUUAUCGAAACACUCGUAGACUUGACUAUUGAGCCACCUAUAAUCCGGUCAUAGCAUUAUUGAGCCAGACUGUUUGACACUUUCUUGCCAUUUUAUGGGAGAAGAAUUUGGAGUUUUCAUGUUGAAAAAAAAAAGACUGCAUGAUAGUGUUUGUUUACAAGGCUUCUCAAAAGAUACUGACAAUAUUCCAUGUACACCCUGAAAAUACUUAAAAACCCUUAAUUGUAAGCUGAGUUAAAAGAAAAUAAACAUGACAGUUAAAGAA